GAUUGGCUGGGAUGCAGUGUCCAUGGCUAGCAGCUGGGGUAGGGGCUUUGUCCAGCUCAGAGCAAGGCGAGGCCCUCUAGACAUCCGCGCGGUGGUGGCAGAGACGCAGCGGCAGCCAGAGAGGCAGGAUGGUCUCCGGGUCACGUGCCGCCAGCGGGCCUGGCGGACUGUGUAGGGCAUAGGCAGGCAGGGAGAUUGCAGCUUCUCAAUCACAGCAGGACUCUGGUGAAAAACACAUUGCACAUUUAUGGCGAUUCCGAAUUUGAGAGUCAAUUUCUGCCAGGCUCAGCACAGCAAUUUCCCUGACAAGUGACCUUGGGGAUUCUAUGUGCCAUAUUCAACUGCACCUUGAAGACUCUGGACACGAGGCUGUCGUCAAAAGUAACUGCAAGUAUAUUUCGUUUAAUGACUCUGGUAAAAUCAAACAUCAAGUAAACAAAGGCGGAAGACAACCAUCACUGUUGUCUCGCUAAAGUCUAAAUGUAGGCUGGGUAGGUGAGUUCGGUAUGUAGCUGGCUGUUUCUGAAGUCUGAAGGUAUCCAUCUGCAGACGCUAAGGCCCAGGUUGAAUUCGAAUGAAUUUAAAUACUUCUGCCUUUCUUGGAGAAGCUUCAUACAGAGUAAACAAACCGAAUAAAGAAAAUAAAGAACGACAAUAGACCUUUUGGUGAUCUUAAUGUUUUCGCUUUCCCAUCACACACGCAGGCACACUCUCAUUUGCCAUAAUGAAUCAUACAGCCCCAGUGGAGAUCUGCUAUGACAACAUGCGUUUUCUGAUAACUCACAACCCCACCAAUGCUACGAUGCACAAGUUCACAGAGGAACUUAAGAACUAUGGAGUGACAACCCUGGUCAGAGUUUGCGAUGCCACGUAUGAUAAAGCUCUAGUUGAAAACCGUGGCAUCCGCGUUCUAGACCUGCCCUACAACGACGGAGCCCCACCCCCUGAUAACAUAGUGGAUGACUGGCUGCACCUGUUAAAAAGCAAUUUCCGUGAGGAGCCAGGUUCCUGUGUGGCAGUGCACUGUAUGGCAGGGCUGGGACGGGCUCCUGUGCUGGUGGCACUGGCUUUGAUCGAAUGUGGAAUGAAGAACGAAGACGCAGUUCACUUUAUCCGACAGAAACGAAGGGGCGCGUUCAACACCAAGCAGCUGCUUUUCUUGGGGCAGUAUCGACCCAAGAUGCGGACCAGGUCACGGUUGCGCUUUAGGGAUUCCCCGGUGCACUGCUGCAUUCAGUAGGAUACAAGCCAAGGCUUUCUCCACUGUGGCUUUGAGAUGGAACUCUUAGCACCUGGAAUGCAGUUCUGGAAUCUUUCCUGUGUCAUCAAUGAGUAGUGGAUUCAACGAACUGGUGCCGAAGCCAACAUGGAGAAAUCCCUCUAUAAAGUGAAUAAAUUAAGAAAAGAAAUAAAAUUAGAAGGAAAAAACUAACUCGUUCCAGAGCAACAGCAAAGAAAACCUGGACCCUGAGUCUGGCUCCUAGAAGCACUCCCACAAUCUGCCAUGCUGUGACACCCCCGAGAGGCUGGCGACAGUGAGGUUACCUAAUCUUGAGCUCUCGUCCUCCACAACUGCCACCUAAAUAAAUCUCUUGAUAAAUUA